AUGGAUCGCUGGCGGGGCCGGGUGGCGGUGGUGACUGGCGCCAGCGCGGGCAUCGGCGCCGCAGUGGUGCGCGCCCUGCUGCGGCACGGCGUCACCGUCGUGGGCGUCGCCCGGCGCGCCGACAGGGUCCAGGUGGGUGUGGGCCGCCCGGUUCCAGCUGGAGAGAAAGAAGGGGUUGUGUACCAACAGCUGGGAAAUCCCAGGCAGAGAGCGCGUGCUUGUGAGACGUUGGACUUUCAGGAAAUUGCCAAGACCCACUCGUACCCUGGCAAGCUGCACGCAGUCGAAGCGGACCUGAGCAAGGAUGGGGACAUACAGGCGGCCUUUCGCUGGCUCAAGGAUAACCUUGGCCGCGUCGUCAUCCUGGUCAACAACGCUGGCGUCUUCUCUGACUCUCAGCUUACAGAGGGCAGCACGGAGGAGUUCCGCCGCAUGCUGGAGGUGAACGUGCUGGGGCUGACGCUGUGCACCAAGGAGGCCGUUAACCUGAUGCGCGCCAAGGGCAUCGGCGACGGCCACAUCGUCAACAUCGGCAGCGUGGCGGGCCACUGGCUACCCCUCAUGUCGGAGGGCGCCUUCUACUACGGCACCAAGCACGCGGUCAGGGUGCUGUCCGAGGGCCUCCGCCGCGAGUUUCUCCAGCGGGACUCCAGCAUGAAGGUCACCGAGAUCAGCCCUGGUGUGGUGGCCACCGACAUCUUCGACAAGCAGCAGCACCUCUCGCGGGACGUUGUCCUGAAGCAUCCGCACAUCAUGCCGGAGGACAUCGCCGAUGCCGUCAUCUAUGUCCUGGGAGCUCCGAGUUCUGUGCUAGUGCACGAGAUGAUGGUGAUGCCAGUCAAACAGAAGCACCUGAGCGAACUGUAGCAGACACGCUGCCUA